CACACACACAGUCGCACAGUCACCUCUCUGCGGAACACAACAGUCUUACGGAGCUCCUAGAGGUGGCCGAAGACUGUGAACUGUGCGCCCCUUAACACACCUGCCACACCUGCUACAUCUGCUACACACCUGCUACACAUCUACUGGCUAUCUGCUUACCUGGCCCUUGUAGAUUUAUUGAUUUGUGGCGCCUCUGCAAGAUGGAGGGGCCUUUCCCAACACUAAGGGCGCGAAGAAAAAGGGCGUGGCUGACUUCUACAUAUGCGUGGGCGUUGUUGCUCGGGGUGUGGGCGGCGUGGGGAGCGGGGGAGGUGCGCGCCGCCCCCCACCCACGCCCGGACUCAGACUCCUCAGAUACCCCCGAAGCAGACCCCUCGUCCCCCCAGCAGGGUCCUUCUGCGCCUUCGUCAGGUAACGCCCUCGGCAUGCUGUUGCUGUCUCCCCGCGCCCCUAUAGUGGUGGUGGCUGGGGGGCGUGGCAGCACCGCGGAGGACAUCAUGAACCACUACCUGCCUGUCAUCAUGGCUGAGAUGGAGGCGCCCGUGUCCACGAGAGACCCGUCAAUCAUCAGAGUGGCAGGAUGCAGGCCAGGGUUUAAUGAAGACCCCUUGGGAACCUGCCGCCCUGUGUUUGUGCCCCGGGCCUACCUCCCCCGCACCACGCGCCCCAACAGACAGACCAACAUUGCCAGCCUCCUCCCGGUAAGACCACGUCCGAGAGUCUCACGGCCGCAGCCACAAACCCAGCGGGACCUCAUAAGGCAAUUCAAUACCUCCAGGAGAAGACAGGCGUGGUUUGGGCGCAGUCUCUCCCCUCCCCGUCCCCCUCCCUCGUGCCGUCGGGGCGGUCAUUACUACAGGAAGUGGGGAGCGCGGAUAUAGGUGUUGGUGGUGAUGACAGUGCUAGUCUGGAUGUUAGUAUGGAUAUUGUGACCACCACGCCAGAUUCCACGAGUGAAUGUGAUGAUUAGGUGUCUGUGUGUCUGUGUGUGUGUGAAGGAGAGAGAGAGAGAGAGAGAGAGAGAGAGAGAGAGAGAGAGAGAGAGAGAGAGGGAAGUUUAAGGGAAUGAAUGAGGUAUUGAAAUUUCUGCUCUCUUUUUCGUCUGUGUGUGUGUGUGUGUGUGUGUGUGUGUGUGUGUGUGUGUGUGUGUGUGUGUGUGUGUGUGUCAGAUACUCAAAUUCCUGACUUUUGUGUGUUUUUUUUUUUUUGUGUUCAUGUGAAAAGUAAGAGACACAAAUUCCUCUUUUUAUUUUCUUGUUUUGUUUUUCGUUCGUUUGUUCGUGUGACAGAAAGACAGAUUUAAAUUCUUGCUUUUUUGUUUGUUUGUUUGUUUUGUUUUGUUUUGUUUACUUCUGUUUUGAGUUCAUGAAAGUGGUAAAAAUCUUAAAGAACGGCAAGUAGAGAGAGAGAGAGAGAGAGAGAGAGAGAGAGAGAGAGAGAGAGAGAGAGAGAGGUGAUGGUAUGCAAUCUUAGCUCCAGUUAUGAUAAUGAUAAUAAUGAUAAUUUUGAUAAUCGUGAUGAUGAUAAUAAUAAUGAUGAUAAUGAUGAUGAUGAUGAUAAUGAUGAUGAUGAUGAUGAUGAAACAGUUACCAAGCAGAGACGAUGUUACCAAAUGACUCAGCGUGUGUAUGAGAGAGAGAGAGAGAGAGAGAGAGAGAGAGAGAGAGAGAGAGAGAGAGAGAGAGAGAGAGAGGCAGACGACGAAGCUCUCAAGAGUAUACCUGAUAAUUUUAUAUUUUUAUACUUUCUAUGCAUAAUAUUAGUGUUGUUCUUGUACAAACGCGAAAAAUAUACUUGUUAUUCAUCUCACACAUAAAAGGAAGCUACGUAUUAGUAAGCUCAGUUUAAUAAUCGAUUUAUUUAUUUUUUUUUUCAGAAUUGCUAAAGUUAGUCGUGUCGUUUUUUAUAUUCAUAGAAAACGGGAAUACAAAAAAAAUCAUAAUCUGGUAAUAACUUAAAAAAAAACAAGAUAUUUCUCAUUCGCUAAAUGUAAGGAAAAAAAAAUGAAUAAAGGUGUUAUUUUUACAAAGAAAACGGAAGAUGCAAGUAGAAAAUGGGAACACAAAAUAAACAAAAAUCACAUCCCUGUAAUAAUAAUAAUAAUAAUAACAAUAAUAAUAAUAAUAAUAAUAAUAAUAAUAAUUAGGUUUUUUCACAAUUACAAAACAAAAAAAAAAAUAUAUAUAAAAAAAUUCACCAUUUCUCACACUAAUAAACCAUAACAUCGCAAGACGAAAACAAAAACAACAACAACAACAAUAACAAAAAACAAAAAUAAAAACAAACAUUAUUGGCUAAAAAAAAAAUAAAGAUAUGAAUAAAAAAAAUAAAUAAAAAUACGAUUAGCGGAAUGGUGUCGCCAGAUUGACCAGGUGUGCUGAUUAAUUAAGUGUACAGGUGUUAAUGAAGGUGAAGUGUUGGGUACCCGUCUGUGUGUGUGUGUGUGUGUGUGUGUGUGUGUGUGUGUAGCUCCUCGUAAGAACACCAUAAGUUGCCAAAUUUGUUAAUUAAAAGGUAUUAUUCAGUUGCCAAUAUCUGUGUGUGUGUGUGUGUGUGUGUGUGUGUGUGUGUGUGUGUGUGUGUGUGUGUGUGUGUGUGUGUGUGUGUGUGUGUGUGUGUGCGUCAUGUCCGAAUAAAUACUCCUUAGAUAA